GGCCGAAGCCGAAGCCGAAUAAAAUUUAAAUGUGUGGCCGAAUACCGAAUAUUGAAUGCGGUUGUUAAUUUUUUCAUUAUUUUUUUUAUAUUGCAUUAAUAGCCUAGAAUAAAUUUUUAGACAUGUUAUUCCAAGAAAGUAAAUGUUUAUUGAUAAUGACAUUUUUAAACAUUCCAGUAGGCUUUUCUUUUCAAAAAAAAGCACAAAGAUUUUUCAUUUAUAUUAGGCCUUCAAACAAAACAUGUAUUCCAAAAAACUAAAGUGCAGUGGAUAAACUCACAACAAAUGAAUUAUUGUCUUUUUGGCAAGUCUGCUUAGCCACAGCAGGCUAAUAAUGUAAACAGAAGGCUCAAGUAAAUCGCAAUAAGUGUGUGCUUGUAACCUCAUACACUUAUACAGGUACACAGCAUAUCCCAGGCCAGAACAGAUUUGUCAAUAACAGUGCUUCAAAAUAAAAAGGAAACUAACUAUGACAUCUGAGACAUCUUAAAAUUGUCUUUAACCAAGAGCUCGUGGACGCGAGUUGCAACACUGUCAUACAUCUCUGGUAAGCACACAUCCGAGAAAUACCGUCUGCUCGGUAUCGUGUAACGGGGCUCAAUGUACUGCACAAGCCUCCAAAAGCCAAUGUCCUCCACAACACUAAACGGUUGAUCAUCCAAAGCCAUGAACUCCAUUACCUUCUUUGUGAUUCCGUUUGCUUUGGCACUGUCAUUCGCAAACUUUUUCGUCUUUUCAAAGACGUCUUGCACGGACGGAGUGGGCGUGCUGUGACAAGAUUUCCUUUUAGCUGCUGCAGCCGUCUCUCUCUCGUACUCAGCAUGCUGUUCAGGGUGUUUGGCUUUUAAAUGAAAAAUUAAAGCAGUAGUGCUAAAGGUCUUUGCAGAGACAACCCCUCGAGAUAGUUUGGUUGAACACUCGUUGCAAACUGCAAUUCUUUUCUCGCUCUCCAACACUUUAAAAUAUCUCCACACUGCCGACAUUUUACCGAAGGCGCCGGGUCACCGCGUCACUGGUCGUUGUUUGAUUGCGUCACACGCCACUAUUCGGCCUUGCUUUUAACUCACUCCACCGAAGGCCGAAUGUGGCUUUUUUUGCAAUAUUCGGCCGAAUAUAUUCGGUUACCGAAUAUUCGGUGCAUCCCUAAUUUCCACCUGACCACAGACCCAAACAAUGUACCUCUCUUCAAACAUACCAUGCUGAAGACUUGGCGUAUCCAGAGGGUGCACAUUCUGCGUGGGUGCCUGAGUGACCCCCAGCUCCCUGGGGGAACCCUGUACAGGUAUGGGGGGACUCUGCAGCUGAACCACGUCCCUGGUGACGGUGCGAAAGUCCCCAUCUGGAUUCCUGUCAGGGGGACCUCACAGCAGGAGGGUUACCAUUUCCAUCAGUCCCAGUGGAUUACUGGGACUCAUGUGUCCUGUGAACUGUUCCAGGCUCAGGGCAUGACAGGGGUGGCAAGAUGGAACGACAAGCGGCUUCUGGACCUGAAGCAGCCAGAUGUGACCCUCCCGCCUGUUUUUGAUCCGUUGCUCAUAAUGGAGCUGAACUCUGCUUCAAAGAGAGUGACAGGAAAGGAGAAGUACCCUCUACUUUGCCUCUCUGAUAGGGACACAGGAGAGAGAUUUGGACUCGAGUACAUUGAGCCAGAGUGCCGCCCAGUUCCCCUAGACUGGAACAAACACAGGUCAAAAGGGAAGGAUGAUGUACCGGCCCGACACCAUCUGUAAACCUGGCCCCAUCCACUCCUGCACCUGUGGCCCAGCCACCCCAGCUUCACCCUGCUGGGAGCCGUAAUGUACAGCUGAUGUCCCAAGGAAGCAUGGAACAUCCAGCUAUAAUGGAAACUUCACCUCUGCCACUGAGGUCCUCCCCACAGAGUGCCCGCACCGGACCGAUUAAGACAGGUGGAAGAGUCUUUGUCUUGGACCACAAGCGCUGGCCGUCACCAAUGAAGGCAGCUAUAGACAGCCUCCUAAACACCUACCAUGGGCAGAAAGAGAUGGUAAAACUUGUGGACAAGGACUAUGCUGCCAUGGUCCAUCAAUCUGCCUCUGACCCAAAUAGUCUCCUUCACCCCACCACCAAAAAUCACAUUACACUGUACACAAAACACCUGGCAAAACAACUGAACACCAGCUCUUCUCUGAACACCAGUCCAGAAAAACUAAUGGAGACACAGAAGCUGUGGCAAGACUUAACGGAGGGAAGUGAGACUGUCCAUGUCCCAGUUGUUGUGCUGCCACCAGCCACUGUCAAUCCGGUCGAUGUCAAAUGUGUGCCACCUGAAAAGCCAUUGGCAGAGGACAAGCAGCAACAAAAGCCACGGCAGACCAAAACGUGUCAUGCGUGUGGGCAGCCAGUGUCACGCUACCAAAAUGAUGGAUCAUCGGUCCAUCAUUUUUACCAACAAGGCCCUACACGCUACCACUACUGUUCCACAAAGGUCUUCCAGACAUACUCUGCAGAGGGCCUGACAGACCCCAAGAUGACCUUUGAAGCAUUUGCUCAGACUGCAUUCUUUCAGCGUGAGCUGCAGCUGACGAGGGACAGAGUGGAGGAAAAGGCUGCCAAGAGGAGAAAACUCAUGGAACCUGUGGCUCCUCAAACGCAGGGGCGAAUGUGCCGCUUCUGCCAUACGACGCUGAAGCAGAGCCCCCACGGCAAACACAUUCACACAGGGUUUCCUGGAGUGGCAGACAAAUACAUUUACUGCCCUUCAAAGGUCUUUAACAUGUAUAAAUCAGGGGGUAUGCUUACAGAAAUGACAUGGAAGGAAUUCCAAGCAUCACCCUUUUAUGCCAUGGAAAAGAAGAAUUGGGCAGCGGAGAGAAAAAAAUAGAACAUGUUGAAUGAACAAUCCAGGAGUGU